AUGAUACUGCUCACUACGAUCCAGUCCGCUGCCUUUGUGGAACAUAAGAUUUAUUCUGGAUUUCCUCUCGAUCACCUACAGAUCGGCCUGCUCAGUGGGAUCAGUCUUAUCGUUGGAACGAUUAUUGGCUCCGGCAUCUUUAUAUCUCCUAAAUCAGUCCUGAGGAACACGGGAGCCGUGGGGCCAUGUCUAAUUAUCUGGACGGUGUGUGGCGUGAUUGGUAUUUUAGGUGCUCUGUGCUUUGCGGAACUUGGUACAAUGAUAACAAAAUCUGGAGGAGAAUAUCCGUACCUCAUGGAGGCCUUCGGCCCAAUCCCAGCGUUCCUCUUUUCCUGGGCCAGCGUCAUUGUGAUGAAACCCUCGUCCUUUGCAAUCAUAUGUCUCAGCUUCGCCGAGUAUACGUCAGCGCCAUUUUACCCCGGCUGCGAGCCCCCGCAGGUGGUCAUCAAAUGUCUGGCAGCUGCCGCCAUCUUGACCAUCACCGUCGUGAACUGUAUGAGUGUGAAACUGGCCAGUUACGUGCAGAACUUCUUCACUGUGGCCAAGCUGAUCAUCGUUGUAAUCAUCAUCGUUAGUGGCAUCGUCCUGCUGAUACAAGGAAACACAGGGAACUUUACAAACAGUUUUGAAGGCUCCAGCAUCACAGUCGGGGGCAUCAGCCUGGCGUUAUACAACGGUCUGUGGGCAUAUGACGGAUGGAACCAGCUGAAUUAUAUCACCGAGGAGCUGAAGAAUCCAUACAGAAAUCUUCCUUUAGCCAUCAUACUUGGGAUCCCACUGGUCAUGGCCUGUUAUCUCCUUAUGAAUAUUGCUUAUUUCACGGUGAUGACCCCUACAGAGCUCCUGCAGUCUCCCGCUGUUGCUGUGACCUUUGGAGACCGUGUCCUUCACCCGGCGUCCUGGUUGGUCCCGUUGUUUGUGGCAUUUUCUACAAUUGGAUCUGCAAACGGAAGCUGCUUUACAGCGGGCAGGCUGACGUACGUGGCCGGGCGUGAGGGUCACAUGUUGAAGUUUCUGUCUUAUAUCAGUGUCAAGCGCCUGACGCCACUGCCGGCAAUUGUGUCCUAUGGUGUAAUCGGAAUGAUCUACAUUAUCCCGGCUGACAUUAACACCCUCAUCAACUACUUCAGCUUUGCCGUGUGGAUCUUUUACGGAUUAACCAUCGCUGGGCUUGUGGUGAUGAGAUUUACCAAGAAAGAUAUGAAGAGGCCGAUAAAGAUCCCCAUUGUUAUUCCCAUUUUGAUGGUCCUGGUCUCCAUCUACCUGGUGUUAGCACCCAUCAUUGGUGAGCCUGAGUGGGCCUAUCUCUACUGCGUGAUCUUCAUCUUCAGUGGGUUACUUCUCUACUUCCCCUUUGUGCACUAUAAGGUCAAAUGGGCUCAAAAGAUUACAAAGCCGAUCACUAUGUAUGUUCAGAUGAUCAUGGAGGUAGUUCCUCCAGAAUAAUCAAAGCCAUAGGGACAGCUAUACAAGUGAAAAGACUGAUGAUUGUUAUAUAGACUGUUGGAGAGCGUCAUAUGGAGUGUUGCUUCUGGAUAGCUCCGACUUUGUACAUAUUGUAAAUGCCGUAUGACCGCAGAGAGCCACACAGGCCAAUGACGUUUUAGAUGUGUCCUUUGCAGCCCUGGUCUUAUAUGAUAGAAUAGCAAUCUCUCAGACAGACCAUGGAGAGAGUUCAAUCUUUGUCCGGUAAGGCACCAGCUUGCUGACGUGUGCUGUACGCGUGGUCUUCUCCAGUUUAUUUUAGGACCUCUGGAAAAUGCUUUGCAAAUUCUCCAUGACCUCCAGAAAACCCAUCUACCAUAACAUAAUGGAGCGUCGUCAUUCUUGUAGCAAGUACACAAAUAAUUGUAAACCAGUCCAUAUAAGGGCCAAUCCGGACGGCCAAUUGUGGUGUGUUAGAGCAAACGGGACAGAAAUCGCGGCGUCUCCAAUGGUAAGAGGACGGCCACAUCCAAAUCCAUAUCUGAUCUGAUGUCCAAUCAGGGCUGGUGGAAAGCACGGUCGCAUGAUGAUUGGAACCAAUGGAUUCUGCCCAGAUCUGUCACAUUUUGCAUCACUUGUAUAUACGUAGCUAAGCCUGGACGGAACUGCCUGUGUGUGUGCUCACCAUUAGUUUUUAUUUGUAUAGACUCUGAUAGUGUAUACCUGCCUCAAGUUCUAAGGACAAAUGCAUUUUCUAUACUGUACAUUGCAUAUUCUCUUGUUGAGACGCAUUAAAUGGCUACUGCUCAUUA